UUUCAAUCGCUCUUCCAGCCAAAGUAUGGUUCGCAUCACUUCGUACGGACGAAGCGCGCGGCGUCGGACCAUCCUGAACCUGGCGCGAGGCUUCUAUGGUCGCGCCAAGAACUGCUACUCGAUUGCCAUCCAGCGCGUGCACAAGGGUCUCCAGCACGCAUACAAGGGCAGGAAGCUCAAGAAACGGACCAUGCGUCAGAAUUGGGUCGCGCGUAUAGGCGCCGCAGUACGGGAAUAUGGCCUGUCGUACUCGCGCUUCAUGCAUGGCCUGGUCCUCAUGAACUGCCAGAUUGAUCGCAAGGUGCUGUCCCAGCUGGCCAUCUAUGAGCCAAUGUCCUUCCGCUCGCUCGUCGACAUGGCGGCGCAGCUCUCCGUCCAGUCACAUCCGUCCGUCCACCGUACAACCAACCUGCACCAGCUUGGCAACGUCCGGAACUUGCUCGGUCUUGACAAUAGCACCGCUAUCGUCAGUCCUGCUCGUCUGAUGCGCAAAAGCUCGUCGUUCCUGCAUGCUGCGACGGCCGAGUUUGUGAAGCAGGAGGCAGGCGCCAGUGCUGCCACAGCCACCGUCUCCAAGCCAUCAACGUCUCCUGCGUCGCCUCGAAGCAAACCCACAUCAUCAAAAACCUCUGCUGCACCACCAUCAUGAUGUCGGAAUUGUGCUAGAAACGCAGUAGUAGACAACAAAAGAAAAAUACAUUUGUACAAGAAUCAACGAGCAUCA